CUUAGAUGAUCGGUUUUUUUUUUCUUUUUUUCUUCUUUUUCUUUUCUUUCUUUACAUUAUCUUUUAUAUAGUCGUUUCAUACCUGAAUCUUUUCUAAUAUAGAAAGAUUAGUCAAAUUAUCCAUCUCACCUAUAUUCUCAAAUAGCAAACAAUAACAUGUGGAGACACCUUUCACGUUCUAAGAAGAUGCUGGCUACUGCUACUUUAGCAGGUGGUGUUGGUACUGCUUAUUAUGCUUAUGAACAAAGUCAUCCUCGCAAUGUCUACUUAUCUGCUCUGAAACACCAAGAAAAAGCUAUGGGAUCUCUUUCAACUAUUCAAAAACUAAUGCCUCGUAGUGUUGCUUUUGCAGAAGCUAUACAACAACAACAACAACUUGAUAAGGAAGAUACAUGGCAAGCUCCUUCUCGUGAAGAAAUGUUAAAUAGACUAAAGGCUGGUAAACAAUAUGAUCUUUUGAUUGUAGGUGGAGGCGCUACCGGUACUGGUACAGCUUUGGAUGCUGCUACACGUGGUUUAAAUGUUGCUUUAGUAGAACGUGAUGAUUUUGCUUCAGGUACUUCAUCUAGAUCAACUAAACUCGUACAUGGAGGUGUCCGUUAUUUACAAAAGGCAAUCAUGGAAUUGGAUUAUGAACAAUACAAGUUAGUGGUGGAAGCUCUUCACGAACGCAAGGUAUUUUUGGAUAUUGCUCCUUAUCUUUCAAGUCAAUUACCCAUCAUGCUUCCUGUUUAUAAAUGGUGGCAAAUUCCUUAUUAUUGGGUUGGAUGUAAGAUGUACGAUUUGUUUGCUGGUCGUGAAGCUUUGGAAAGUAGUUACUUUUUGACACGAUCAAAGGCUCUGGAAGCUUUUCCUAUGUUAAAGAAGGAUGAAUUGGUUGGUGCUUUGGUUUAUUAUGAUGGUCAACACAAUGAUGCUCGAAUGAACGUUGCUCUUGCUAUCACUGCUGCAUAUCAUGGUGCUACUGUGGCCAAUCACUGUGAAGUUUUGGAUUUGACAAAGAAUGAACAAGGUCAUGUUGAUGGUGCUGUUUUGAAGGAUACUUUAACAGGUGAUCAAUGGACUGUCAAGGCUAAGGGUGUUAUCAAUGCAACUGGCCCAUUCACUGAUGGUCUUCGAAAGAUGGAUGACAAGACUAAUGCCGAAAUUGUCGCUCCUUCAUCUGGUGUUCAUAUCAUUUUGCCCAAUUAUUACAGUCCUAGAAAUAUGGGUUUAUUGGAUCCUGCUACAUCUGAUGGUCGUGUUAUCUUCUUUUUACCUUGGCAAGGAAAUACCAUUGCUGGUACCACUGAUUCACCUACUGAAGUCACUCAAAAUCCAUUACCCAAGGAAGAUGAAGUACAAUGGAUUUUGGAAGAAGUGUCACAUUAUCUCAGCGCGGAUGUAAAGGUUCGUCGAAGUGAUGUACUUGCAGCUUGGUCAGGUAUUCGUCCUUUGGUUCGUGAUCCUCAUGCCAAGAAUACACAAUCUUUGGUUCGCAAUCAUAUGAUCAAUGUAUCUGAAAACAAGUUGAUUACCAUUGCUGGUGGAAAAUGGACAACAUAUCGUGCGAUGGCUAUGGAAACAGUAGACAAGGCUAUUGAAGUAUUUGAUCUGAAACCUACUGAUGUGUGUCAUACUGAUAAGGUGAUGCUUUUGGGUAGCAAGGGAUACAGUAGUACGAUGUUCAUCCGAUUGGUACAAGAAUUUGGUAUGGAUACAGAAGUGGCACAUCAUUUGGGUAAUUCUUAUGGUAGCCGUGCUUGGGUUGUAGGAUCUAUUGCAGAUCCAACGACUGUUAGUUGGCCCACUUAUGGCAACCGUAUUGCACCCAACUAUCCUUAUGUGGAAUCUGAAGUCCGGUAUGCUGUCCGUCAAGAAUAUGCAUGUACUGCUGUAGAUGUAUUGGCUCGUCGUACUCGUUUGGCCUUUUUGAAUGCCGAAGCAGCUCUCCAAUCUUUACCUCGUGUUAUUGAAAUCAUGUCUGAAGAACUCAAGUGGGACAAAGCUCGUCAAGUAGAAGAAUAUGAAAAGGCUGCUUCAUUUUUGGUGACCAUGGGACUUGCAGCAAAUAGAACUGAAUCAUCUGCUUAGUUAUAUUAUUAUUAUUAUUAGUAUUAUUAUUUCCCCCCUUCUUUUUUUUUUUUUUACCUUUCUCUCUCUCUC